CAAAUAAUUCCCAAAGUAUUCCGACUUCACCUCAAACUGAAGUUCCUUACCAUUCUUCUCCACGUACUCUGGACAUAUCUAAGGUUUUAAAGCAUGCAGUCUUUGUAUUCGACAAAGAAAUUAUAAAGUCACUCUAUUUUUAUAAGAUUGCUUAUGUGCUGGUGAAUAAUGCUGAAAAUGAAAGAGUUUCUAGGGA